UUCUUCUUCAUCCCCAAACCCCAAAUCCCCAUUCCCAUCCCACCGACGAACGCAAUCGAAAUUCAAAUCCUCAAACCCUAACCCCCCCUUCCCCCCGGCUCCGAAUUAACCCCUCCUCCAUGAGCCCGCACGACGGCGGCGGCGACGAUGGACGCGACGGCGACGGCGACGGGCUCCUCUUCGCCGGUGUCCGCUUCGCGCUCGCCGGCUUCGACCCCGUCACCGAGUCCCAGUACCGGGCGGAUAUGGUGGAGCGCGGCGGCGCCGACGCCGGCGGGUACGGCGAGGCGGGGUGCACCCACGUCAUCGUCUUCGGCCUCGUCUACGACGACCCGGUGUGCGUGGCGGCGCGGGGAGCCGGGAAGAAAGUGGUAACCGAGUUGUGGGUGGACGACACCUUGGACACCGGAGCGAUGGCUGAUGCCGACCGGGUAAUAUACAGGCCAGUGAGAGAUCUGAAUGGCAUUCCGGGCAGUCAGUCGCUUAACAUAUGCCUGACAGGGUACCAAAAGGAUGGGCGUGAAGACAUAAUGAAAAUGGUUAGCUUAAUGGGAGCACAGUUUUCCAAGCCUUUGAAAGCAGACACGGUCACCCAUCUCAUUUGCUAUAAAUUUGAAGGUGAGAAGUAUGAACUUGCUAAAAAGGUGAACAUCAAUCUUGUUAAUCACAUGUGGUUGGAAGCUUGCUUAAAGGCUUGGGAAAUUCUUCCAAUUGAUAAUUAUAGAAAAAGUGGUUGGGAACAAGAGAUGAUGGAGGCGCAAGUUGAGGAUUCUGCAGAUGAAGCAGAUGAUGCUGCCAGAGUCUUAUCUCGUAGUAGAGGCAUUGCCAGAAGAUCCCCUAUUACGGAAAUUAGAAUGGGAGCUCAUGUUGAUCCUGAUGUCUACGCCCCCAUUCGUGAUCCUACUGUCUCUCUUGGCAAUGCCGAGGUUGCUGCAGGAAGACACUUGAACACCCCGAAACAGGUUAGCAAAACAGAAGAUGUAUGUGAAAGGUCCCUUGAUGCCAGAGCUGACAUACAGAGCACUCAUAACACAAAUUUUGUGACAAAUUCUGCUGAUACUGAGGCACGCAAUUCAGUCCAUUCUCGUAUUAAUCCCUGUAGCAAUGAAAAGGCUCCUGGAGAUCACAUCACCAGAGAUGAAGAAAAAAAUGGUGAUAAGGGGCCAGUUGACGCUAGGGCAAGUGCCCUUCCAACCAUCAACACAAAUGGGGCCACAGAAUGUGCUGAUCAUUUUGUACAUCAACCAACGGUGAUACCUGCUAUUCCAGUGGUCGACACAGACAACAUUGCUGAUGGUUCCGACCUGUUCAUCGCCAACAGUGUUCAGUUGCCAACACCUUCUGCAGAAAGUCUCUUGGAGAAACCAUUGCAGUCAUCAGAUAUGACUGGAAAAGUGGAUCAUAAGGAUAAUGGACCUGUAGCUAAUCUUGUUGACGGAGUUGGUCAAUCGAAUUCAGAAGGAAAUAUAGCCCUGGUUAAGGCCAAUUCAAUAUCAGCAGGCAAUUCCGCAUCAAAGAAUUCCCCAAUCUUAGGGUACUCCAGAAGGCGUUCUCGGAAGUCAGUAUCACCAGGAACUAAUUUAAGUUCAGCUCACCAAACAGCAUCUCUCCACAGCUAUGAGAGAAAUUCACCAAAUGUUAAGAUCAGUAUCUCUCCGUCAACGAAGAGCAAUCAUACAAUUAGUAAGCUUGCUGAUGCCAAAAGCCCGAGAGACGAAGCAACACAAUGUGUGGAUAGAUCAGACAUUGUACUUGCUCAGACGAACAGUGGGCUUUCUUCAGCCAGUCCAUUACCGCUAAAUGGAGGCACAGACUCAGCUGCCGGAACUGCAAAUAUUCCUCUCCCAAGCAGAGAAAUUGCAUCUGAAGCAGCAACAGUUUCUGAUCCGGCAAAAAAAUCCACUGGAUCUCAACCCAUCAAAGUUAAUGGUGACCUAAGCGUUGAUGUUACUGUGAAUCAUACGGUGAGUCAAAUGUCUGGCUCUUCUAAAAAGAAGGUGCUGAGCUACAGGAGGGCUUCUUUGAAGCUUGCAAAGUCUCCUGAAGUAGUAGAAAAACUUCCUGAAAUUUUUGCUAAAGAGGCGAUUAUAGAGUCACUAGCUAAAGCAAAGGAACUGGCACAGCAUGAACUGGCAGCAGAGAAGGCAUGUGCUAUUAGCCCUUCUUUGGAUUCUGAAUUUGAGAAGGGAAGUUCAAGUUUCUCUAAUCAAAAUUGGAAUAUAGAGAUGAGUAACGCACCACAGGUUAAUAGCAUUGAAGUGGCGGAGGUUUCUCAUGCAACCAUGGAAGCAGGUGCUAUGAAACUCUCGUCGUCUAGAGUGAAGAGCACUGGUGCUAAGAGGUCUAGAAAUGCCACUAAUGGAGCACACACUUCAUUUGCAAGUCGUAAACGUGAGAUUGCAACCUAUAAGUCCAGGCACAAUAUUGGUGCAGUUAUUUCCCAUGAAAAUAUAGAAGCAGAUAAAGAAAAGGAUUGUACCAGUCCAAACGCAGCUGAAUGUACAACAUCCUUUCCUGAAGAAAUCCUGAGCAGUAAAGCAAGGAGCGUUGACACGAGCUCUCUGAAUGCCAACAGUGAGGUGAAUGGUGUACCAGGGGCUUCAAAGCUGGAGUUUGCUAAUUUGAUUUCGCAGGGAAAUAUAAACAAAAAACCUAGGAGGCUUCCAAGCAGUGCAAAUGAUAAUCACUAUCAAAGGGGUUCAUCUGAGAAGGUUUCAAGUUCCAUUGAAAGGAGUGCUGUUGCAAACGUGUCUCAGCCUGCUGACAUGAAGAUGGCUAUGGCUGGUGCACCAACCGCUGAUAAAGCUGAUACAGUAUCAUUGAAGUCGAGUUUCAGUGAGGCAGCUCCUCAAGCUGACACUGAAAAGAAGAUGUUGAGCUACAGGAGGGCUUCUUUGAAGCUUGCAAAGUCUCGUGAAGUAGAAAAACUUCCUGAAAUUUUUGCUAAAGAUGCUAUUAUAGAGUCACUAGAUAAAGCAAAGGAACUGGCGCAGCAUGAAGUGGCACCAGAGAAGACAUGUGCUAUUAGCCCUUCUAUGGAUUCUGAAUUUGAAAAGGCAAGUUCAAGUUUCUCUCUGCAAAAUCGGAAUAUAGAGGCGAGUAAUGCACCACAGGUUAAUGGCAUUGAAGUGGCAGCUACGGGCUCACACCAUGACAAGGAGGUUUCUCAUGCAACAAUGGAAGCAGAUUCUAGGAAAGUAUGGACUUCUAGAGUGAAGAGCACUAGUGCUAAGAGGUCCAGGAAUGCUACCAAUGGAGCACACACUUCAUUUGCACGUCGUAAACGCGAGUCUGCAACAUCUGAGUCCAAGCACGACAUCGGUGCAGUUAUUUCCCAUGAAAAUGUAGAAGCAGAACCAGAAAAAGAUUGUACCAGUCUGACCGCAGCUGAAUGUACAACAUCCUUUCCUGAAGAAAUCCGGAGCAGUAAAGCAAGGAGCGUUGCCGCGAGCUCUCUGAAUGCCAACAGUGAGAUGAAUGGUGUACCAGGGGCUUCAAAGCUGGAGUUCGCUAAUUUGAUUUCGCAGGGAAAUAUAAACAAAAAACAUAGGAAGCUUCCAAGCAGUGCAAAUGAUAAUAACUAUCAAAAAGGCUCAUCUGAGAAGGUGUCAAGCGCCAUAGAAAAGAGUGCUGUUGCCAACGUGUCUCAGCCUGCUGACAUGAGGAUGGUUAUGGUUUGUGCAGCAACCGCUGAUAAAGCUGAUACAGUAUCGUUGAAGUCGAGUUUCAGUGAGGCAGUUCCUCAAGCUGACACUGAAAAGCUUUCAAGCAGUGCAAGUGCUGAUAACCAUGAACCAUGUGCACCUGAUAGAGUACCAAACAAGAGAGUGCGCAAAGCAGUUGCCAAAAGGAAAAUUUCUGGCGCACUGCAAUACAUACCAUCUGAAGCUGAAGUUCUGACAAUAAAGCAGGCUGCGGAGAGCUCCACAAAUGCUGGCAAGGCAAUGGGUAAGGAUCUCCAGAGUGCGAAUGAGGAUGGUAUGGCAAAUCAAGCUGCAUCAUUUUGCAAAGAUUCCUUUGAAGACGGAUCAGAAGAUAUGCAGAACAUUAGACCAAUGACUAGCAAAAAGAACAAGGUUGUAGAUGCAAUGGAUGAUUCUGUCGGCCAAAAUAAGGAGAAUAUACCAGUCAAUGUUAAUCUCAGUCCUAAAUCAAAGUACGGAAAUAAAUGUGUGGGUUCUAAAUGUAUGAAAAAACCAGUACAAAAGGGCAAAGGGGUGCUUUGUGAGCGCAGCAUGACAGGAGGAAAUGAUUGUGGAACCUUGUCCUUGUCGGAACCAACAUGGUUUAUCUUAGGUGGACAUCGCCUACUGAGAAAGGAUUACAUGUCAAUACUUAGACGGCUGAAGGGAAGAGUAUGCAGGAGUUCACAUCACUGGUCUUUCCAAGCGACGCAUCUUAUUGCACCCGAGCUCCGCAGAACUGAAAAGUUCUUUGCAGCUGCCGCAGCUGGGAGGUGGAUACUCAAGGCUGAUUACUUGAGUGCUUGCAAUGAGGCUGGCAAGUUUUUAGAGGAAGAAUCAUUUGAGUGGCAUGGUGAUGGCCUUAACAGCGGCGAUACGAUAAGUCUGGAUGCUCCAAGAAAAUGGCGCCACCUAAGGGAGCGCACUGGUCAUGGCGCUUUCCAUGGGAUGAAGAUCAUCAUAUAUGGAGAGUGCAUUUCUCCAUCAUUGGACACGAUGAAGCGUGCGCUGAGGGCUGGUGAUGGCACAAUUCUAGCAACCUCCCCACCAUACACCCGGCUACUGAAGCACGACGUCAGUUUCGCUGUGGUGUCCGCGGGCAUGGCGAGCACAGACGCAUGGGUUCAGGAGUUCAUGAACCACAACAUCCCCUGCGUCAGCGCGGACUACCUGGUGGAGUACGUCUGCAAGCCCGGCCACCCUCUGAGCAAGCACGUGCUCUUCAACAUGCACGAACUGGCAGAGAAGUCCCUGCAGAAGAUACAGAAUUCUCAGCGAGAUGAACUCGGCGCUAGCACCGGAGAGGCAGGCGAGGGAGGCGACACUGAGCCAAGCUGCUCCGCCUGCGGAUCGAGCAACCGGGAAGGGGCUCUGAUGCUGAUAUGCAGCGGCAGCCAGGGGAACAAGGCUAGCUGCGGUGCUGGGAUGCACGUCGACUGCUUGAACCUGAGCCCUGAAGCUGCUGCUCCAGACGGUGACUGGCUGUGCCCCAAGUGCGACGACGAUGGUCAGGUGAAACCGCCCCCGAAGAAGGCCGAGAAAGGUGCCAGGAAACUGAAGCCCAAGGCGCAGAUGAGUUCUUGUUGCUGAUGGUGAUGUGUUAAUAACGUUAUAGCAGUGACUGAUGUUCUGAUAGUGAUACCUGCCAUUGUAAAUACGUACUACGUGGUACCAGUACUCAGAUUAGAUGUCGUUUGGCUUCCAUCAUUUGGUAAUGGAAUCAGAUAACUUAUGUGUGAUUCUGAGAAUCAAUUUGUUUGGCUGUCACGGAAAUGGAAUCAGAUAACUUAUUCAAUUGAGAA